CUAGCGACAGCAACACUACCGCAAUAAGAACUCGCCUCCUACUUCACCACCCUCUCGGUCUCCUGAGCGAGAGCUAGCUGCAAGACAGCACUACCAUAAGUACAGAGCACCACGUCUACUGGUGAUACUGGCCGGCCGACUAAUGCCGGAGAAGCCUCCUCCGCCCCGGCGCCGUCCCAUGGCGGCGGGGAGCUGGGUCCGGUCCCUCCAGUGCAGGUCCACGGCCGUGGAGGACGUCGCGACGCUGCCCAAGAAGCCCCACCUCCUCCUCCGGUCAAGCUGCGCCAGCUCCGGCGACAUCCACGGGAACAAGGCUGCCUCCUCGUGCAAGCCCAAGCUCAGGCCGAGCUCGAAGGCAGGUGUGGAGACCAAGAAGCCCAAGGAGGGUAAUAAGCCGGCCACCAGCGUGCCGCGCCCGCCGUCGCCUCCUCCCGGCCCGCUGGGUCCGCUGCCGGCGCUGACCGAGCUCCCGGCCGGGCACUCCUCGCGGCAGGUGGUCGAGAUCAUCUUCCUCUCGUCCUGGUCUCAGUUUCCGUCGGUGGCGUCUACGGCUUCCGGCGGCGCGUUCGCGGGGGAGGUGGAGAUGCUGUUCCGCGUGCACAACCAAGCGCGCGCCGUGGCGCGCUUCGAGGACUACCGUGCGGCCGUGCGCGCGCGGGCCGGCGGCGCGGCGCGCAGCGCCGCCGACGGCAACGAGAUGAUGCGCUUCUCCCCGGCGCCGCCGCACGGCAACGGCGGCGGCGCGUCCCUGCGCGUCGUCCGGACCUUCGACGGCAGCGGCGGCGCGCACGCCAGCGGGAGCGGCCGCGGGCCCGGGAGGCGAGCGAUGUUCCUGUGCAGGGUGAUCGCCGGGAGGGUGGCGGAGGGGGAGGAAGCCUGCUCCGAGGCCGAGGCCGGCAGGGAGGGGUACGACUCGGCGCGCGGCGGCAAGGGCGAGCUGGUGGUGUUCGACCGGCGCGCCGUGCUCCCUUGCUUCCUCAUCAUCUACAAGCUGUAAAGAAGAGAACACCAUGUCCAGUAACCCUGCCGCUAAUACUAUUAAUAUUGGCACUUACUCUUGCGUUAAUCAUCAUUUGCAUA